GCCACGGGAGUGUAAGCUCUGUGUGUGCGCUACUUCCGGGUAAGGCUGAAACACGUGGAGUGACCCUAAACAGCCACUGACAUUAGAAAGCAUGGUGGCAGUUGAUACUGACAAAACUGCAAAUCACAGUAAGUCCAAGGAAAAAAAGAAGAAAAAGAAAGCAAAGUUACCAGAUUUGGAGACAGAUGAUGAAACAGCAAAAGAAAUGCAAGAUAAUGCAAAAGUAAAAGGCAACCAAAGUAAAAAUGCACAAGAUGAAGGUGGCAUUUCAGCUUAUGCAGAAGAAACUAUUUCUAAAAAGAAGAGAAAAAAAGUUAGUCCUGAGAUGACAGAACAGACAGAAGUGCAGGGAGACACAGACAUUCUGGCCGGUCAGGCUGUGACAGAGAGGAAACUAACUGGCAAGAUAAAGAAAAGAAAGAAGAAUAAAGAGCAUUCUUCUGAUACAGAAAUAACGGAACUGAAUGGCAGUGAUAAGUUGUCAGACCCUGUAAGUUGUGUUAAUGAUGCGCCUAAUAUGGUAGAAAAGAAGGAAAAGAUUAUUAAUUCUGUCCCUGAGACAGAAACAGAACUUUCUAGCAGUUUUAAUAUGACAGGGACUGUUGUCAAUCGAGACAGUGAAGUGCUAGAAGGUACUAAAAAACAGAAAAGAAAGAAGAAAAAAAGGAAAGAUUAUACUACCAAUGCAGAAAGUGCAAAUUUUCAUAGCAGCAAUAAAGAGCCAGAGACUGAAAAAGAGCCAGAGACCUCCCAAAAAUUUAGCAAAAGGAAAAAUAAGUCUUUAAUAAGUGAGAAUGCAGAAGCAGCUGCUGAAACAAAUGAACAUGUCAAGCUGAAGAAAAAAGAAAUUAAGAAAAAAAAGGACACUGAGGAGAAAGAGCUUGCUGGUGGAAACUCUGAUACCGAUCUGUCCAAAAAGAAAAGGAAGAAAAAGAAAGUUUUGUAUAACUAUGAAAAACAAAAUGAAGUCCAAAUGACUCAAAAUAACAACAUUGAGGCUGAUUGUCAGCCUCCAAAUAGAAAUAUAAAGAAAAAAGUAAAAGUCUCAUCUGUUGAAGAUGAUUGUGAAGUUUCCCCAGAGAUGGAAGAAGCUGAUUCUGACAAAGAUCCCAAUGGGAACAAAAUAGACAGUGGAUCCAAACGUACUGGUUCCAAAAAGAAAAGGAAAUGCGUAGAAGAGAUGAGUGACAGUCUAACCACAGCCACCUGCAGCAAUGAACAUAUGGAAAUGUCCAAACAAAAGAAGAAAAAGAAAGGGGUGGCUGAUGUUACUGUUCCAGGGGAUCAGACCACCACAAUAGAAGAGAAUGAAGCUGAAGUUCCUAAAAAAAGGAAGAUCAGGAAACUAGGGGAAUCAGAAGUUGCAAAUGAUUUUGCACAGUCAAAAAAAAUAAAGAAGGCAAAAAUAUCUAAGGAGAAGGUACCAGAAACAUCUGUAGAAGAAAAGAAUGCCAGUGGACCUGGGAACACUAAGGGUACCAGAUUUGGACAGUGGGACACAGCUUCAUUUCAAACCUCAGACCAACAAGCAAAGUUCUUUAGACUGAUGGGAGGCUUUAAGAAAGGAAACCAAAGUGCCGUUGCACUGAGCCCAAGCCAGUCAAAAGCAAACAUGGCUCUGGCCAAGACCGAGGAGCAAUCAUUACAGAGGAAUCUGCAGGCAGAAUUUGACAAAGCCCUUUGCUGGAAGCAGAACAGAGGCAUAGGCUUGGGAUUUGAGACUGCCAAAAAGAAAAUAUUCUUCAUUGACAAAACUGCCUCUAAGUCCAUAAAGUUUGAUUAAUGCAUCUUUGAUCAUUGUGUUACCCCAAUGCAGGUCUCUCUCUACUACACUUUUUGUAAGUUGUUUUAUUAUAAUAGAACCUGUGAACUUCAUAUAUCAUAUUAUUGUCUGCCAGCAAGGAAAACAAUAGGGGCACUGCUAAAAUUCACCACCUAGCAAUAGGAGUUAUCAUUGCAUAUAGACAUGCCUUUGGAGCCAUUGCAGUUACUAGGUAGGUCAGAAGGAGUUAUUAUAAUGAAAUUUAAAAAUGUUUAUCAAUACUAAAAUUCAGUUACAAAAACCAUCUACUCAUUUUGAACUCCAUGAACAUGUAUUCUGCUGUCCAACAGGCCAUAAAAAUGUGAAAACCAAAAAAAUGUGGGUUUUUUUGUUGAUAUAAGUAGAAAAUAUCUGACAAUUAUGUUUCCCUUGUGUUUUUAGGUAUAUUGGAAAACAUAAUGGGUCUUGUCUGUAUGUUGGGUUGUAUGGCGUUAAGUGUAUACCUCUAUCUCUACAAUUAAAUCAGUAAUUCUGGAUAAUACGUUGGAUACAGGACAUAAAUGAUCAAUAUGAAUUUCUGUACCCACUAGGGUUUCCACCUGUGCCCACCUCCAAUCCACCCAGCCUCUGAUCUGCCUAAAUUCAUAGUUCCUAGACCCCACAUACUCACCGAAUCCCCUUCAGAUUCAAAGCUGAAGCUUUCUAGUUCAUUUUGCUCCCUCUCUCUAACCUGCAUCAGUUGGCAGGACUCAGAAAUCUUAUAUCUUUAGCCCUUCUGCCUCAUCUUUCCUAACAGGCUCCUGCAUUAAGUAGCAACAGUGGAACUGCUUAUGAGUCAUAAUAAUAAUUAAAUGAAAUUAUCAAGGAAGAACCUUUCUGUAUUGGGGGAAAAGCCAGAUUGGGGGGGAUAAGGCAUGAACUGCGUUUUCAGGCCAUAAACAAUGAAUGGACAACUCAAGAAGUAUUUUAUAUGCAUUGAACUAUACUGUA